AUGGUACGCGUUUCGUAUAGAGCAUGCUGCGCCGCAAACUGUACGGUGACUGACAUCCGAGUAUACGCGGGACUAAUAAACCAAAGCGUUUCAAAUCACGCCUACUAUAAGAGCGGUGAGUAUUACAUAAAUCCCACGUACGUCGCGAACAAAUGGUUUCCCUAUGAUCUGGCGCUCAUCCGACUCAACACUAGUAUACCACUGGACGGGACGUCGGGAUUGACGGGAAUUAAUGCCAUUUGUUUGCCCGAAGAGAAUGUGACAAAUCUAGUCGAAGAAUACGCCCUAUUGAAUGGGUUUGGCGUCGAUAACGAUAACGGGACGGGAAGUGGUGUACAACGCGUGGGUUGGACUAAAAUCAUGAAGGGCAAUCCCGACGAUAGCCAUGGUCAAAAUACCAUGCUCUAUACGAAACGCGUACCAUUUCCUACGGGAUCAGUCGCGAAUGUGACAAAUGUGGCCGAAGAGUACGCCCUAUUGAAUGGGUUCGGCAGAGAUAACGAUAACGGGACGGGAAGUGGUAUUCAACGCGUGGGUUGGACUAAAAUCACCAAGGGCAAUCUCGACGAUAGUCCGGGUCAAAAUACCGUGCUUUAUUGGCGGCGCGUCCCGUUCCCGACGGGAACAGCCAGUUGUAUCAGGCUUCCGCACUACAAGUAG